CAGACCCAGACGGUUUCCCAAAGGAUUGACGCCGUGUGUUGCUCUCCCUACAAAAUUGAGUGCGGGAUGUUUUUCCCCAUCUCAUUUCCCAUUUCACUCUCUCCCCCAUGUCUAGCUAGGGUUGUGAGGAGUUUCAGUCGCCGAGUAUCAAGCUGCCAUAACCACCGAUCGCGUCCAUUAUUCAGUUCACCUGUAUGAUGUUAGAGCCCUAAACUCCAUUGUAAAACUUCUGGGAAAUCCUAUUCGUAUAGAUACCCCGACUGCAAAUUCCCCCCCGACUUUCUACUGCUAGGCUAUGUGUUGAACUUGAUGUAUCCCAAGAGAAGAAACAACAGAAGAAAUGGUGGAGCUGAAUGUCAGAUGCGUGGUAAGCCCUAUCAGGAGUGGCAUUUGGCUUGCUGAUUUACAAUUUGUUCGAUGCUCAGUCUGUGAUCUCGAUACGUGUGAUGGAACAAUGGAGACAUUAGAUGCAAGACACGUUGAGCUGUUCCUGAGUGAGGGGUACCAGGAUGGAAGCCGGAAUUAUGAGUUGCUGCCGCUGGAGACCCAUUAGGUGAAGAAGAGAGCAGAUGGAGCAACUGCUGCAAUUUUUUAUAUCAGGCAUCUCAAGGAUUGCAUCACCCAAAUGGUUCUUGAUUUUGACUCAUGGAAGGGGAAACCAAAUGAUUGGCAGCCUAAAUCUGUUGAAGCCCCCCAUGUAGUAGCAGUCAACACCAAACUACAGCCAAAUGAAGGUCUUCAAGUGAAAUACCAUGGUAUUAAAGAGCCAGACUCCAUACAGGUUACUACUCUUGUAUCUUUAUUUUCAGCUCGGGGGAUGAACCCGAGCUUUGUUUUGAACUCAAAAUACACUUGGUUAGGUUUUCAGCUCAAACUUAACACCUCAAGCUACUUGGAUUUGUGUUUUUUUCAAGGUAAUCCUAAACCAAGUAUGAUUCCUUUUCUUAUGAUCUGUUUUAUUUGGAUUUAAUCUGUGAUAUGAAACACACUUUUUUUGUAUGUACAUAAUGUUAGAAUGAUCUCUGAAGUCUUGUACUCCCUCCGCCCCCCUAACUUUGUCCCAUUUUACCUUUUCCGUUCGUCCCAUUAAGUUUGUCCCAUACCAUAUUUGGCAAUAUUUGGGUGGUUACAAUUCAUUCUUAAUUUAUUCACACUUCAAUUCAACAACAACCACACAAUUCCACUUUUUCUUAAAAUUUGUGCCACACUUCUUUGUCCCAAACAUAGUGGGACGGAGUAGUAUUUAUUUUAAGAUAAUUUCAGGAAGAAUAUGUAUUAUGUAUGUAUUCUAUACGAACUGACCAUUACAUAUCUAUUCCUUACAGUUAUUUGGAUUCUUACUCCACAUAUUACGAUGUCCCUAACAACUACUACUUCCAUAGUGCCGAGUUAAUUAGUUUGGGGAGUUCCUGGGUUCAUUUUCCGAACUGGAAGUUUGAAAAAAGAGUUUUCCGUAUUAAUAAUGUCACUUGCUCCACUUAUUAAAAAACUCCUGCUCCCCCUAAAGUACUGAAAUGUUUUUUCUGAAUUGGAGUUAUGCUUGCUUACUGAUGUUAUGCUCUCUAAAGUUUGUAAGUUUACUAAUGUUUUGUUUGUUGCAUAGUAGGAACAUAAGAAACUGUUGUGAUUGUUCUUUUCAACAUGAUCUUUUUUGGUGCUCCUGGGGGUGGCAGAGGCUUUGCAGAAUUUGAAACUCUGACUCUUGGGUCUCUGCCACCAACUCUGCAAGGUUUGCUGAAUGAUUAAUCAUUUUCUAAAUUGAUUUUCUUCUAACUGAAAUUUGGAAAUAAAAAUGAUCAAGAAAUCUUACUGUAUUUAUUAAAGUCCUCGGUACAUAUUGAAUGAUGAUAUCCUAUUUCUAUUACCCCAGUACAUUUUUAUUUUUCCAGUGGCAUAUGUUUAUUACAUAGGAAGUUUAGGCAUUCAGUUUUCUCUUGUAUUAUAAGUUUACUUCAAUCUCUAAAUACUUACGGUUCCCUUCCUUUCCAGGUAUGAAGGUUUAUCUUAAUGAUGAAAAAGAGUUAAUCUUGGAGCCAUCAUUCAAAUGAGCAAGUGAUCCUAAUAUUACUUUACUUGUUAAAGCGUUUGGAUUAAAAGCAACUGCCCAGGUUUUGCAAUUGUCAUGAAUACGAGUGCUUGAUUUUUUGUUAACUCUUGAUAAACAACUAACCGAUUGCUGGAUUUUUCAGCUUGUAGAGUUUUAGAUCCAAAGUCACGUGUAUUUGCCAAUCGAUCUAUCAGUUUCUUCUUUGUGACGAUCAAUAGCUUAACUCCUACUUAAGUUUGAGUAUGGUCUUGAAUCAAAUAUAUGGUCUUGGAUAAAUUCAAAACAGAUUAUGUAAUCUGUAAUUAGAUUUAUUAGAUAACUAUGUGUCUAUUCAUUACUCGGGUGGUUUUUUUUUUGAAAUUGUG